AUGGACCGUCGACCGCUCACCUGGGCUCUGGUGCUGCUGGGCCCGGCCCUUGCGAUCGCCCUCGGUCCUGCAGCCGCGCAGGAGGUGCCGGAGAAACUGUGUGGCCACCACUUCGUGCGCGCGCUCGUGCGGCUGUGCGGCGGCCCGCGCUGGUCUUCCGAGGACGGGCGACCUGUGGCUGGCGGCGACCGUGAGCUCCUACGGUGGCUGGAAGGACAACAUCUCCUCCGUGGGCUGAUGGCCAGUGGGGACCCCGUGCUGGUACUGGCCCCACAGCCCCUGCCCCAGGCUUCUCGCCAUCACCACCACCGCCGUGCAACUGCCAUCAACCCUGCCCGCCACUGCUGCCUCAGCGGCUGCACCCGGCAAGACCUGCUGACCCUCUGUCCCCACUGA